UGUGCGCGUGCCCGGCGCAGGCUGCCGGACUGUAGCUGAAGAGUGUAGGCGACGAUGGCGGAAGCGGGGCGCCGCGGACCUCGCUAGGCUCCUUUGUUUUACCCUCAUUUUACUCGUGCGAAGCGUUCGCAGAGACCGCAGCCGCGCUCCGAAAUGGGCAACGAGGCGAGCGCGGAGGGCGGCGGGGGCCCAGGAGCGGAGCCCGGAGCCCCUGGAGCCCUUUCAGCACCACCGGGCGGCGGAGAGCGGCCGAAAGCGAGCAACGGGGCGCCGGCCGGCGGCGGCGGCGGCGGCGGCGGCGGAGGAGGCGGAGGAGGAGCGGCGGCGGCUCGAGGGCCCGGCGGCGGCCGCGGCCUUGAUGAGAAGACGGGAGCCCGGCCUGGUCCCGGGGACGGCCGAACAGGGCCGCCAGGGCGGGGCCAAGAGCUGCCCGCUGGGAGCCCAGGCCAUUCCCAAAACCAAGCGCAGGGUCCUUCCUCCAGGCAGGAGCUCCAGGUGGAUGUCAAAGCUGGGAAGUCCCCAUCAGCAACCCCUGUCCAUGGCAGCGCUCCCACGUCCCCGUAUUCGCUUCCCCAGAUCGCCCCCAUGCCCAGCAGCACGCUGUGCCCCGUGUGCAAGACCACGGACUUGAGUGCUUCCCAGGACCGUUCCAGCUGCAACACCUGCACACAGUGCCGCUCCACUGUGUGCAACCAGUGUGGCUUCAACCCUAACCCGCACCUCACAGAGGUCCAGGAGUGGCUGUGUCUGAACUGCCAGAUGCAAAGAGCCUUGGGAAUGGACAUGACGACUCCCCGCGCCAAGGGCCAGCAGGAAACGGAGCUGUCGCCGGGCACAGAGAUGCAUGUCAGGCCCACGCUUCAGCCGAGCAAGUCGGACACCCAGACCCAGGAGCGGCAGGAACGAGGUGGCCGGAGCAGUCAGCCCCUGGUCAAGGCCCCUUCUCAGCCUGACCUGUCCCGUUCCUCCACAACCCACCAGCCUGAGCAGGCACGAAGUGCUGGCAGCUCCCCCUCCAGGCAGAGCCAGGAGCAACCAUUUGGAAAGCUCUUUGGGUUUGGGGCGUCCCUCCUGAAUCAGGCCAGCACUUUAAUAUCUGCAGAAGCGCUGGCGCCGUCCCAGCCCCAGCCGUCCUCUGCCAAGGGGCCCCAUGUCCCCGCAUCAGGAUCUGCCCCAGGCCUUCAUGCUCCCCCUAAGAAGCAACCUGCUCCUAUGCCAAAGGGACCGGAGAAGACCAAGGCCAACUGCCCACUCUGCAAGACAGAGCUGAACAUCCAGAGCACCUCUGAGCCACCGAACUACAACUCAUGUACACAGUGCCAUGCCCAGGUGUGCAACAUGUGUGGCUUCAACCCCAUGCCUCACCUGGUGGAGAAGAAAGAAUGGCUCUGCUUAAACUGUCAGACUCAAAGGCUAAUGUGUGGAGCCCUGGAGGAACCCCUUCCUGUUCUGCCUCCAUCUGCAGUGCUCCAGAAAACAGGUUCUCCCCAGCACCAAACACCUGCCAGUCAAGAGCAGCCGUUACAGAAGAAGGGCCAAGGUCAGCACGCUGACUCCAGGUUAACAGGUCAGCAGCUGCAGCAGAAGCCUCCAGAAUUUCAGGAGACUAAGUCAAGCACACAGAGCUUGAGUGAUACAGGUUAUUCCUCUGAUGGUAUCUCAAGCUCCCACAGUGAGAUCACAGGCCUGGUCCAAGAGGAGGAGAUGAAGCUAACCAAGGGUGAGGUCCAUGAGCACAGCCUCCCAACCCACUCUGAGGUCCCCAAGCUUGAAAGCUCCAAAGAGUCAUUGCUCCAGUCUAAAUCUGACCCAAGGCAAGAAUUGAGCAGGGAGCAUAGACCCAGUGAUGGUGAUGAUAAGAAGACACGGCCACGGUCUUUGUCCAUCAGCCAAGAUGGCUGUGGCUUGGAUGAGGAGUUGGGUGACAUUAGAGAGGAGGACAACAGUUUACCAGACUGGGAAAGACGGCAUAACCACAGAAAGCCACCAAAAGACCUGACAGAUGAAGACAUCAUGAGAAGGCACAUUUUGGAAAUGAGUGCUGAUGAGGAAGAAAACAAUGAGGAUAAAGAGUACAGCUACCAAAAGCUGAAAAAGAGCCCAAAGCACGGUGGUGAUUUAGGGAAAGAAAAACGGCGCCUGAGUCAUCACUCAAACAGCUACGAGGAGGAGAGAAAAGGAGCCACCAGAGCCUUCAAAGGUACUGCAGAAGAUGAAGAUGAUGAUUUGUUGACUUCACAAGGAGGUCUGCGCCGAUUUAAAACUAUCGAACUGAAUACUGCAAACAGCUACAAUCGUGAUAUGGAGCUCAGCAAUGACAAUGAUCUCAGCUUGGACCGAGAACCUGAGCUUGAGAUGGAGAGUUUGACAGGCUCACCGGAUGAGCGUUCAAGGGGAGAAUAUUCAUCUACUCUCCCUGCAACUACACCUAGCUACACUUCUGGCACAUCUCCCACUUCUGUGUCAUCUAUGGAGGAAGACAGUGACAGCAGCCCCAGCCGCAGGCAAAAGUUGGAGGAGGCCAAGCAGCAGCGGAAGGCUCGCCAUCGCUCUCACGGUCCACUUCUUCCCACCAUUGAAGACUCAUCUGAAGAGGAUGAAUUAAGGGAGGAGGAAGAACUCCUAAGAGAACAGGAGAAGAUGAGGGAAGUGGAGCAACAGAAGAUUCGAAGUACUGCCAGGAAACCAAAAAGGGAUAAAGAUGAGUUGAGGGCUCAAAGACGGAGGGAGCGAUCCAAAACCCCUCCUAGCAACCUCUCACCCAUUGAGGAUGCAUCUCCUACGGAGGAGCUUCGACAAGCAGCUGAAAUGGAGGAGCUUCACAGAUCUUCCUGCUCAGAAUAUUCUCCAUCCAUUGACUCAGAGGCUGAGGGGUUUGAAAUAAUGGCUUCACAGCCAUACAAAACUGGUAAUUUGCCAAAAUUCAUGUCACUGUACUCCCCUACCGAAAAACCAACAGUUGCCUCACCUUCUGCUGAAAAACCUCUGAAAACAGCGGAACAGGUCUAUGAAGAAAUGGUGAGAAAAGCUGAAACACUUCAGAAGCAGCAGACACAGCAGAAGAAUCUGCGAAGUGGACAUCAACAGCAGUUUUCCACAUAUGACAUGCAACAGAUCACAACAAACCGCUUUGAAACUGUAGGAAAACAACUUUUGGAAGCUGGCUCAUCUUCGACCAAAUUACUGGAGCAAAACAAUCCUCCUCUGACACCUGGAACAAGCCCCACGCAGGUUUCAGCGCCAGUGUCGUUCUCCUCUGGAGGUGAAACUGGAGCUAGAGGAGCACACAGUAUGAAUCCUGCGGUUGCGAGUCAAGGAAAUCAGAUGCUUACCACAAAUCAAACAUCACCUCAUUUUCACCAAAGAGGAAGCCCAGCUGCUAGUUCAAGUAUCUCUGGCAAGACAGCAGAGGUGACUCAAGGGUACAACCAGCGAGAUGGUACUGCCAGGAAGUGCAUUCCAGCUAACACACAGAAGACAUCUUCUGAGCCAGUCAGUUCAUCACUCACAUCAAAGGUCUUCUCUUAUUUCAAAGGAACCAGCCCUACUGCUUCCCCCUCUACAUCUCCCACACAGAGUCCAUCCCGUUCUACAUCCAGAGCAAGUACUGCUGACAGCUCCACUAGGGGCACUGAGACAGGCAGCAAGCCAGUACACCGUGCUGACCAUGGUGCUACCACCCCAGCACAGACACCAAACAGAAAUGCUCCACCACGUCUUUCCCGACAGCAGUCCUCCCAGGAAUCACCCUUUAUGGUGGUCACCUUGGGGUCGGAGCCUGUCAGCCCCAGUAAGCCAGUGACUGUCAAUUCUUCUACCUCUCCCCUCUCUUCACCAACAAGGCUGCGACGUCAGCCAACAUUUGAGACCAGUACACCAACUUCUCCACAUCCACAUUUACAUCAGUCUCCUCCUCAGCAUAGCUCAUACAAGACACAGACUGGGGAGAGAGUUAUCACUGGGACCAGCACAGCAGGCACAUGCAGCAGAGGAUCAUUGCCAGUGGAAAAUAUAUCUCUCUGUAGAAUAUCAACUGUUCCAGGGACAUCCAGAGUUGUUGAACAAGGUAAAAUGCAAAGUAGUAACGUUGUCGAUCUUAGGACUCCCCUGAAGCCAACCCCCGUUAUUAUGACAGAGCAGGGUAUGGAUUUAACAUCUGUAGCUACAGAAACACGAAAAUAUUCCAUUGGAAAUGAGGCCAGUUCGAGUCGUCAUAUUACAGCUGUUCAGCCACUCAUUAUGAACCUGAAUGCGCAAGAACAUCCACAUGUGUCUGUGUCAACACCAACAACUGUAAGCAUUACAGUAGCAUCAUCUAUGUUUAUAUCCCAGCCAAAACAACCUGUGGUUUAUGGAGAUCCUCUCCAGAAUAGAGUAGACUUAGGUCAAGGAAUGGGAUCAGCAGUAUGUCUCAUUCAGAGCAAAGCACCACCCAUUGACCCAUCCAUCCCAAAGAUAGAUGCAUGUCUGGAAGACUUGGGUAUUCAGCAACAACAACUACAGUUACAGCAACAAAAGUUACAACAGCAGCAGCAGCAGCUUGAGCAGCAGCUGCAAGCAACUUCUUUUGCCAGGUAUAAUUUAGCAAAUCAGGUCCAGCCAAUGCAGAAAAAAGACAUGCUGGUGAGCCAGACCAGCAACCCACAGACUACAGUUAGUAUUAGUGUAAUCCCCAGGGCAUCCGCUGUUCCUCUUCCAAUACUGGAUUCUUCCCCAGCACCUCGUGAUAUCUUUUGUGGGGUUCCUCUUGAGCUGAAAAAUAAACCCACUGCCAUGAAUCUGUCAACCAGUAAAUCUCACGUAAUGAUGGUGGAACUGGAAGGUGGUGCCUCACAAGGGGCAGCAGUGACUCAGCUGGUUAAAGCAGCAGAACCACCUCCCCAGGAGGUCCUGGAUUUAACUGGACAAAUUAAACCAGAGGCCCAGGUGGCCUGCUGUGAUGUAGUCUACAAAUUACCAUUUACUGGAACUUGCAAGGGACCCUUUGCACAGAAACCAAAGGGUACUGACAAUAGUUCUACUACGGAGCCCUCACAGAGUAGACAGUUUGCUUCUGAUUCUCAGUAUAGUGGAACUCAUGUGCAUGAAUCCGAUCAAGAAGACUUCCAAUAUCAACGACAUGUAGAAAGCAAGAUAAGUGUAAGGGAAGACCAUAAACCUCAGUCCUUGCCUGCCUCUGGAAGGUUGCAGCCAUCUAUGUCUGACACUAAUCUUUCAGUUGUCGGGAUUCAUCACUGUAUUACAAAAUCUAACCCCCCUGACCUGGCAGUGGAUUUAAGCACCAUGAAGGAGGCCUAUGAAGGAAGCUACUUUGGUGGGGUGGGUGUGCAGUAUGGAUCCUACACAGAUUUACGGCAGCAGAGUGACAUUAUAGGUCAGACAUUCCCUAUACGGAGGUAUGGAUCCAUGUCAAAUAUUAACACAGACUACCGCUGCUCUUCACGUGAUCCAUCCAGUUUCCAGGAGUCCAACUUAGCUCAAUAUAGUGCCACCACUGCCAGGGAAAUCAGUAGAAUGUGUGCAGAUUUAAAUUCUAUGGACCAGUUUGGUGGGAGAUCUGGCAGUAACCCUGAGCAUCUUCAGUACAGCACUACAGAUGUAUAUGGUCUAAGAGGCAGACUCAGUUUACAGCAAGGUUUGCCAUCGAUGAGGCCAAAUAUCAUGUACAGCUCUGAUGGCAGGCAGACUCCUCAUGGUCAAGCCUGUGCAAAUUUAUUCAAUGCAAGACAGGCCAGUUUAAGGGCACUGUAUCCCUCUGCUGUGAGAGCUGCAGAUGGCAUGAUCUACUCCACCAUCAAUACUCCAAUAGCUUCCACGUUGCCAAUUACUACUCAGCCUGCCUCUGUCCUGCGACCCAUGCAGCGGGGAGUUUAUAGACCUUACCCAGCUGGAAACAUGACCACAGUACCUUUGGCUAGUCUCACCAGGUUGCCUCUAAUAGCCCCAAGAAUGCCUCUAUCUGCACAGAGACCUUACCGUUAUCCUCCGCCCUGCCGUUUCCCUAUGGCCUCCAUUCCUGCUAGUGCAUCUGCCGCAGGCACAGCACUGGAGACUCCAGUCUACCUGGGGAAGCCAUCUGUGACUCCUACAGUACCCGGUACCAUGCACACAGUUUCACCACCAUAUAGUCACCUACCUGCACAUAGUGCAGCAAUAGGAAGUGUGUGUACCACAGCAGUAGCAACAUCUUCAUCUGCUGGGAUACCUACCAGUCAACAACUCCAACUCCAGCCACAUCCUGAGAUGGGAAAUGUACAGAAGCAGCACACUCAGCCACAGAUUCAGAUGCAACCUCAAACCAUUCCUCAAAUUCCAUCACAGCUGUUGCCCCAAGUAGAACCCAUAAGACAAGCUCAUAUACAAACACAAUUACAAACACACUCUGAGCCUCAGAUCCAACCACACAUUCAGCAACAGACUGAACUGCAAGCUCAGGCCAAAAUUCAACCACAAGCUGUUCCUCAAGGUGCAGUUCAGGCUCAGGUGCUCCCUCAGACUCAGACUCAGCCUCUCCAACAAACACAACCCCAAACUCAAUGUGAAACAGUCUCCCAGGCUGCAAAACCUCUAACAGUCAGUACGAGCACAAGUAAUCCGGAGACGGCGAAGGAAGAGGAGCGACUGCGCCAGCAGCACGAGCAGUUGUUGCAGUUAGAAAGGGAACGUGUGGAACUGGAGAAACUGCGACAGUUGCGCUUGCAAGAAGAGCUGGAAAGAGAUCGUCUGGAACUUCAGAGACACAGAGAGAAAGAACAGAUGUUAGUUCAGCGUGAGAUUCAGGAAUUGCAAACUAUAAAGCAGCAGGUCUUGCAGCAACAGCAGGCUGAGAGGGAAACUCAGCUGAUUCUGCAGAGGGAGCAGUUAGCGCAGCAGAGGUUGCAGCUAGAUCAGAUCCAGUCACUGCAACAACAGCUCCAGCAACAGCUGGAAGAGCAGAAAAGGCAGAAGACUGCUGCUGCAGAAGCAGCUGCUGCUUCUGCAGCUGCUGCAGCUGCAACAAGUGCUCAAAGUGCUCUGCAAGGGGUGGCCAUUGUUGGUGGGGCUCCCCCUCAGUCAUUUUCUAUUGUUUGUGACAAAACUGGUAGAGUAAUUCAGAAAGACAUGCCACCCGAAUUUCAGAGGACACUUGGGCCGAAUGUGCAGUUUUGGCAACCUUAUGUUGAUGGACAGGUUGUCCAGGGUGUGAUCCCUUCCAGAUCUUUGCCCAGCUCUGCCUCUGAAAGGUCUCUGAAGAAUAAUGAUGAGCUUCUGGAGUCAAAGGUGAUAAAAAAACGAAACUCAAUGCCCCGUUUGAGAGAUGGGGUGGAAGGUAACGACAGCCAGCCAACGGUAAAGAGGAUUGCUGACAGUAGUGUGCAGACUGAUGAUGAGGAUGGAGAGGAGAGGUUAAUUGUGUCUCGACGAAGGAGGACCAGGCGCAUUGUUGACAGUAGCGUCCAGACAGAUGAUGAGGACCAGGAUGAGUGGGAGCAGCCGAUCCGGCGCAGAAGAUCUCGCUUUUCCAAGCACUCAGAGUCAAGCUCAGAGAGUAAGGCCGACAUGUCCAAGGUGGCCUCCCAGAGUGUGGCCAUUCAGACAACUAACGAUUCUUCAUGCCAGACUGAACCAGAUCAGCUGGGUAGAGUUUCCCCAGCAAUACACAUAAGUACAGCAGAAAGCAAGGUGGAGUUUUUGCACUACAUUUCUGCACCAGAGAGGACCCUGAAAGGUGAAAGCCUUGCCUGCCAGACAGAACCUGAGGCUCAGUCCCAGGGGGUAGUGAUGCCCCAGCUCAAUGUGCCCACUACGGUCAGUCCUUAUUCUUCCAACACGCAACUGGCUGGACCUGGCGCUGCAGAUGCUCUCUCUUCACGAAUUCCAGGGAUGACUAAGUUUGAGCGGAGGAAGCCUGAUCCUCUAGAUAUCAGUUACCAGAACCAUAUGCACAGCGAAUCUCUGUCUAACCUGGUUCGCCAGCCUCCUAAGUCCCCCCAGGUUUUGUACUCUCCCGUGUCCCCGCUUUCUCCCCACCGCUUGCUGGAGAAUUCCUUCUCCUCCAGUGAGCGGCUGAACAAAGCUCACGUCACUCCGCAGAAGCACUUCACAGCCGAGUCUCCACAGCGCCAUCAGUCUCUGCCUCGUCCAGUCAAGUGUGUGCAGCGUUCAAUGUCUGAUCCCAAGCCUCUAAGCCCCACAUCAGAAGACCCUUCGCGGACCAGGUUCUCCUUGUAUCACCAUCAAGCGCUCCAAAACAGCCAGCUUGGCACGUUGCAGCAGAGCUCACCUAUACGGAAAGUGAAGAGGACUCUGCCCAGUCCACCCCCUGAGGAGACCCCUCUUCCCAUCAUGACCCCUGCUCUCCCCAAAAUUUACUCCUCUCCCAGCACUCCCCAGAGAGUGCUCCCCAGGCCAGCGUCAGAUGACCCCAAGACAGGGCUUUUGAACGAACUGAAGGUCGUAGAGCAGGAGUCCAGCAAGUUGCGAAUGCAGCAGGCUGAGCUGGAGGAGGAGGAGAAGGAAAUUGAUGCCAAGCUACGCUACCUAGAAUUGGGUAUCACCCAGCGCAAAGAGACUAUGAUCAAGGAGCGGGAGCGGAGGGAGUUAGCCUACAUGCGCUCCAUAGGGGAUACUAGGGACUACGUGUCAGACAGUGACCUCAGCAACUUGCAUAUGGUGGGAACAACCUUUGAUGGAAGUGGGCUCCUUGUAAAACCGAGCACAGCACCAAUGAACCAGUUCACCACAGACCAGAUGAUCUCCACUUCACCCUUCCUUAACUAUCAGUAUCCCCAGAGCCAACCUGCACCUGUGCCCCAGAGCACCCCUGUCUACCAGCAGAUAGGGUUCCAGCCUCCCCAGUACCCUGCAGACUCUCAGUCCCAACCACAACCUGGCACUUUUCAGCCCCAACUUGCUGCACCAUCAACCCAACAAGCACAGGCUUCAGGUGCUUUUCCAACACACAGUUUGCCUCAACCAUCUUCUUACCAGACAGACUUAAGGGUACAACAGAGCCAUCCAGGCUUCCAGCAUUCUCCUGGCCCAACUUCUUAUGCAUCACAGACAUUGCCAUACCCAUAUGCAGGCCAAACCCCAUACCACACGGGUCAGAGCAUUUCUUUCCAGCCACAGGCAGAUAUGCUCACUGCACACCAGAAGCCCAGACAGACCUCACUGGCUGAUCUGGAGCAGAAGAUUCCUACUAACUAUGAAGUUAUAAGCAACCCCACUGUGAUGGUCACCACCACCGGUCAAGAUGGUACCUGUAAUGCCGGUUAUUCCUCAACAACUAUGGCUGGCACUUGUGGGCAGUAUAAACCACCAGAGCAGAGCCUUUCCGAUUGUAUCCACUCUGAUGUCAGUCCAACAUCAACUUAUACUUCGGAGGGCCUUUAUUCAAACCUUGAGCACAACAUUCCACGGAAUUAUGUGAUGAUAGAAGACAUCAGUGAGUUAACAAAGGAGAACAUGAACACAUCCUCAGAUAUGCAGAGAACUAAUGGGAAUGGUCGUUAUGGGAGUGAAAGCCCUUCUAUGAGGAUGGCUUCAUAUGGCAGGGUUGAUGAAGUGACUGAAGACCUGUAUGACCCCCACGGUAGCGUUAAGGCCAGAAGUAGCUAUCACCCACAAGGUAAGGACAGUAACAGUCAAAUGAGCAGCAGCAGCACAGUAGGCAUUGGGUCAUCAUAUUACUGUGAUGAUUACAAGUUUUCUACUCGCACAGGGUCUGGAUCAGGGCCACCCCAGAAACAGUCAUCUAAGAACAUGGCGCCAACGGUGUCCUCUAAACGCAGUAAACACAGGAAACCAGGCACGGAGCAGAAGAUCUCCAAAUUUUCACCCAUUGAAGAGGCAAGGGAUGUUGAGUCAGACUUGGCCUCAUACAGCAUCCCAACAUCCGCUAGCAAUAGCAGCACUGUUGCAUCUAGGGCAAGGAAGCUUCAGGAUGACAUCACAUAUGGACUGAAGAAGAAUGUCUACGACCAACAGAAAUAUUAUGGUCUUUCCAGUCGGGAGGGCCUUGAGGAAGAUGAUCGAGUAUAUAGCUCUGGAAGAUCAAGGUCAACUGGCUAUGGAAUGGACAAGGUCACUUCGAGAGAUUCAAAUAGCUGUCGGAGCAAGUCGUAUGAGAGGGACAUUGUGGAGCGUUCUCAAAGGGGACAUCGCAGCAGACCUUCUGCACGAGCUCAAAACUUGGAGGAGGAGAGCCCCCUGAGUCCCGUGGGGAAACCAAUGGGUGCUGGCCGAGGCCCCGUGGGGCCAGAGUUGCAUGAUAGCCACAAUCAAUAUGGCUCAAGCCAUUCCCUGCCUGACGUGCAGGAGCACAUGAAGGACUCACAGAGGAGCCAUAUUUACAAGCCUGAUGACCCUUACCUGGUAGAUGACAUGCAUUGUGCUGUCUCUGAUAGUGAAGCAUAUCAUUUGGGGCAGGAGGAGACAGACUGGUUUGAGAAGCCGCGAGAGGUUCGCUCUGAUCGUUCAAAGCAUUACGGUGGAAGCAGCCAUUCGUCCACGCACAGGAGGAGUCACGCCAAACAGACAUAUCAUGACUAUGAUGAGCCACCGGAAGAAGACAACUGGUCUCAGGAUGACUACAGUCACCAACGCCCUUCCUCAACUACAUCUCGAGAUCACAGACACCAUGGCACCAGCUCAGGAAGGCACUCCUCUUCUCGGCACUCUGCUGAUGACCCAAGACCCUCCAGGACAUCCCGGGGACACCACAAGGACCCAUCAAUGCGGCACGAUUCUCGUGGGUCAUCCUCCACACAGAAGAGAGGGACCUCUGAGUCUAGAUCCACACAAGGCUAUCACUCGUCUGAUUACUCCCGAGAUUCCUCCAGCCACAGUCACAGCUCAGCUGGGCAGAGGACGCAGAAGCAGCUACCAUCCUCAUCCUCCAGGAGACAAGACCCACAGGGCCCACCCUCUGCUGCUCCCAGACAGCAACCCUCAAGUCAGCAACAACGAUUGACCGGCGGGGCAACACCUGAAAGGCAACAAGAAGGGCAGCCACUGGCUGGGGCAGGGGAAGGCGCCGGGUCCAGUACAACCCAGGAACAGCAGACCAAACCUGGACAGAGUCAAACUCCAGGUCUGACCCAGACCCAGUCCCCAGCCCAGAGCCAGGGCCCGAAUCAACUUCAAGCUGGUCCUCAGCCUGCUACAGCAGUGAAGACAGACCUGGCUGAUGACAAUUCCGCACUGGGGAUGAAAUCAGCAGGAUCUCAGCCUGCCAAAGCACCAACUUCCGGCAUUGGUUCAAAGGCAGCACCGAAGCCUGGGGGGGUUGGCAGUACGAUAGCAGGGCAGCCAGCAGCUGAUGGCGAUAGUGUCUUUUCUAAAAUCCUGCCAGGAGGGGCAGCAGAGCAAGCUGGGAAACUUGGAGAUGCCGUAUCUGCCCUCGGCAAGAAAUUCACCUCCUUUUGGUGAGCAGCAUGAAGGUGACACACAGCACUUCUCCAAAACAGGUUCUGCUCUGCAGGGGGGCAACAGUCCUACGUCUUUCUAGUACUUCUGACCGUUUCCAUUUGGACUUGACAGAACAAGGACACAAAGCACGUCUUCUUGCAGAACAAAGAAGGAAAACAAUCUCUGCUGUGAGCAAGGACCUCCCUCGAUGUCUGUUACCCUGUUGUGUGUCGCAUGCCGGACCUGGGGCCCGAACACACAUCGGUCUGGGCCGAACACCGUCCAGCACCUCUAACCUGGAGGCUCUGACCCCGGAUGACAAAGAGAAACGGGCACAGAAUGCGGCCCGUCCCAGACCCGGGGUAGGCGGCGUGCAGCCAGCCCGUCGAAGCCAUUGCCAACACGGGUCCAUGUGGUUGUGGGGUCUCCGGUUAAACUGGUCAAACACUCUCUCAUUGUUUGUUAUUGUUUGCCUGGUUUUCUUUCUCAGCGGGAAGAAACAGCCUUAACCAUUUCGUAUCGAUGUACAUACCUCACGUCUUCACGCCCAUGUGACCCCACUCGAUUGCUUCCCAGUCAAUACUACUGUAUAUAACUCCUCAUUAAAUACACAUUGUCAUAUUUCUUUCUACUUUUUUGUGGGAUGUCGUUUUGUUUGUUUUUUUCUAUUCAUAUUUUUCAUGUGUUACAAGUAUAUCAUUUAUCACACUUUUUUCUUUUUCAUGUGAAAAAAGCAAUAGUUUGCUGAAAGGCGACAAGAGCACAAUUGGUGUCGUGUGAACGUGGGGCUCUGAACAGCAGCCCCGCUGCGUUGUUGGGCUUUUCCGUGCGAACCCCCCUCUGCCCGCGCUGUGCUCCUCACGCCGGCUGCUCCGGGCCACAAACGACGCACGGUAAGAGAAGAGUGCGACUGAGUCCAAGAGGUCCGCUGUCCAAAAUACGGUCAUUCCUUCGCAGAACAUCGUUUCCAACGUCAGGACGCAGCGGCAGAGUGACAGAGGGCUCCGCUCGGGAGGGGACCGCAGCAGCUUGUCCACGCAACCAUCUUCUGUGCACCUUGCUGUGCUCAGGGGCCCGGAUGACACACCGUGUCUCCUGCGACUGCCCCCCCCUGCAAAAUAGCCAUUUACAUCAGGAGUGCGCGCGCGCACACACGCACACGCACACGCACGCACGCACACACAAACACACACCGUGCCUGUGCAGGCAGUGGAACAGCGUGUGUGUGUGUGUGGGGUGUGAGGCGUUGUGUGUAGACGCUCAUUCCAGACAUUUGCUGCAGCAGUAACCCUGUAACCCUGUAACCCUGUUGGCAACAUCGCCAAGCUCCUGUAGCGCAAACCCGAACGCGCCGUUGAUGGUCGUCGUGGAAACCACACAUCUGCCUCUACUUGUUGUUUUGUUGCGGUGUUGCAGGUGCCCCACCCAGUUAUCAUUUCUAAUGUCUAUGCAAAUAUUGAUUGUGAAAUGGAAGAGGUAAAACCGCGUCACGUUUAAUAACAUUGUCAAUAUUAUGUUUAAGAACACAACUUGUGAUAUUAAAGA